AUGGACCCCGCCAGAGAAGUGGCAUACGGCGCCGCCGCAGGUUGUCUAGGCAAACUAGUGGAGUUCCCGUUCGACACGGUCAAGGUGCGGCUCCAGGCCAGCGUCUCGAGCCACGCCACGCUUGCCACCAUCGCCAACAUCUACCGCCACGAAGGCAUUUCGGGCGGGUUUUACAAAGGUGUGCGUGCGCCGCUUGUGGGCGCCUGCGCGGAAAGCGCGGUGCUUUUUUGCGGCUUCCUGUGGGCGCAGAAGAUGCUCGCCGCGCACACGCUGCUCGAGCGCGACUCGGUGCUUUCGGCGGCCGCCGCAGGCCUGUUUGCAGGUUUCGCCGCGGCCUUUGUGUUGACGCCCGUGGAGUUGGUCAAGUGCCGCCUCCAGGUGGCCAACGUGCAGCCGCAAAACGCACAGAAUGCCCACGUGGCCCCGACCAUGGGCCUGGCGCAUUUGCAGCCACAUUUGCAGCCAAAUCUGGCGCUGGUAACCUCGGCUGCACACGGCGCCAAGCCCGCGUCCUACGGCUCCGUGUUGCUUCUGGUGGUGCGCCGCCACGGCGUGCGCGGCCUCUGGCACGGGCUUGGGUCGACGCUCGCGCGAGAAAUGGUCGGCACCGCCGUGUGGUUUGCCAGUUUUGAGGCGGCCGCCCGCGCGUUGCGCCAGCUCCGCCCGCAAGCCGAGAAAACCAACUUGCUUAUCAGCGGAGCCACCGCCGGCGUGGCCUUCCAUCUUGUGGUGUAUCCGGUCGACACCAUCAAGCUGAACAUACAGACGCAUGAAGGCGAGCGCCUUUCGACGCGCGCGGCUGCGGCCCAAAUAUUGGCGCGCCCAGGCGGCGCCUCCAACUUGUACCGCGGCCUCGGCAUCACCUUGUGCCGCUCGAUUCCAGCGAACGCGGCCAUUUUCUUCACCUACGAGUGGUUGAAGCAGAAUUAUUAG